CACCGAUCGGGAUAGUCUGGUGUUGUUCAGAGAUCUCCUCAGUGCCGUCGAGUGUGUCUGGUUUAGUUCCGAUUAAUUAGUCGCCGAAGUUGCCAAAGUUGUCAAAGUUGCCUCACAAUGUCCCUCGCGAUGUCGAAGAAUCUUUCGGUGGUGUUUUAUGUCCUUUUGAUAAGUGUUUUUGGUGUGGUGUUUGCCUGUAAUGGCGGCUACAAGCUGAAGGUGCGCAAGAUCCAGAACUGUGCUGGAGCGGAAGGGAUACUGAUACCUCAUGAAAAUGGCACCGCAGUGCUGACGAAGAAGUGCGAGAUCAAGAUGCGCGGAUGCGUGGAAAUGAAGGCGUUCAAACAGGCCACGGUUAAGUAUGCUAUCAAGAAGGAUGGCGUCAAAGUGAUGGAGGGAUCGGAGGAUUUGUGCGAAAGGAUGGAAAACGCUCGUAGCCAUCCUACUAUUGGACCCAUGAUGAAGACGCUCAAUCUUCCGGAAAAGUGCCCGGUUCAAGCUGGAACGAUUUGUUCGGAUCCAACUCAAAUCAUCAGCAUUGAACCGUACAAACAGAUGCUGUCCCUUGCCCGGGGAAGAAUCGAGGUGGAGGCAGAAAUUCAGCACGACACGGGCAAAAGUUGCAUCCGAAUGCAGUUUGAUAUCGUCAAGUAAUCGGAAAAGAGGGGGAGAAUAAUCAAUCGGGCGUCCCAGGAAUUAAUUUCCCGGCAAGCGGAUCGCGCAUUAAUAAUGAUAAUCAAUUAAAAGCUGCCACUUUGUUGCAAUUCUGGCGGCAUCACAUCGGAAAACUACUACCUACUGCUACUGGGGAUUCCUAAUCAAUUUUCAUCCGGAGCUGGCUAAGCGUGAUCACUAGUUAACUAAUAUUAUUUCAGCUGAUGGCUCUCUCCCAGUAACUUUUUUUCAACCUCUACUCAACUGCAGCUAGCAGAAAUAAUCGUGAUUUCAGUAACUUCUCAAUGCAAUUGUUGUCCAAUUGAACAUCUGUCUUGUACGCAUAUAUAUUAAUUGUAAAUAAACAGUUGUAUAUAGGAGCAGGAAGAGUAAAAUAAAAAGAAAAAAAUAUAUUUUACUAUAGAAAGUUUGCUCAACUUUACAUUCAAUCAUAACAGUUCAUUUUGUUUUUAUUUUAUACUAGCUGACCCGGUGUGCAUUGCUACACCUUGCAAAAAUAAAUGUAAUUUGUAAAAAUUUAUUCAAAUUUAGAUAUUUGUAAGCAUUUUUUUUUAAAUCAAACCUCAUCAUGGUUUAGCACCAACAGCUUUGAGAUGAGAACUGCAGCUGGAGUUCAGAAUUGCAAUUCAAAUAUGGUAUCUUCGCCCUUCGAAGCAGUUUGAAUAUCUAUCCUUUUUGCGUCAAAAUUAUGCUAAAAAUUUUUUUCGCCAUAUGCCAAAAUUGUGGACAUGAGACAUUAUAGCUUGAAGUUUUCCCAAAAAACACUUAUCAUGGUAUGA